GGUAUCUUGACCUGCACAGUGGAAACCACCUGGCCUAGUUACUGCCAGGUGUUGUCAAAGAUGAAUAAAGCCUACGUUUCAUUCUGAGUAUUUUUUGUAAUGUUUGCAUGUGAAUCUCAGAGGCCCUUCUAUGUGGGCAGUGUCUUGUUCCUUGUGGACAGCAGCCUAAGCAGAAUGUGGACAGCAGCCUAAGCAGAAUGGGGCUCUGCAUCCUAGGUCCAGCUCCCUCUGCUUCUACUACCUAGGACAGGACUCUUCAGCAUGUCUGCUGAGAGUGAAUUGCUCAGGAAGGGUAUGGAGAAGACCUAGGUGGCUUCACCCUGGUAGUUCCCCAGCACAGUCCCUGCCUGACCCUUGUCUCACCUAUGAAGACCCAGGCAGGCUUCCCUCCUCUGAACCUUGACCCAGGGGAGAACCUACCAGAGCCCAGGUUAUCCAGGCUCCAGUUUGGCUAACAUCCUGACUGACAUCACCAGCUUUGCCACAGGCCUGACUGGUGUGGCUGGUGUGCGGCCCACGUGGUAAGUGUGAGGGUGUGGCUGACAUGCAGGACCUGUGCUCAGCUGUUGAUUGAGACAGCAUAGCAGAUGUGGCAAGGCCAUACCCCUAGUGUGACAAACGUGGCAUUUGUGUGGGUGAUGUGGAAGGUGCUCUGGGUAUGAAGGGCAUCCCAAGGCAUCGGGAAUGGCAUGACGUGUCUCCCUUUCCCUCCCUGGCUGUUGCACAGAGCCCUAAUUACAGGUUCGUGAAGAAGACACUACCCUCCAUCUCAUUCAAGUCCACCCUGUCCCACUUCUCCAACCCCGUGUACAAGGAGCUCGUCAGCUACUUAGUGGAGAAGGUUGUAUCCCUGGUCAUCUACAAGUACAAGUUCGAGAAGAAUCUCUCCAAGCAGCUGGGCUUCAUCUCCUUCCCCGUCACCGAGACGCUCAUGGAUCUCUUCCUGGGCUUCAAGAAGGUGAAGGGCUCCCGCAUCUGCCUGUCCUCAAAGAUCAACUGGAACUGCCUGCUGCGCAAGCUGGAGGAGGUCGAGUGGGCCCGGCAGCUGUCCCGACAAACCUCCCAGCAUGACUCCGCCUCCCAGCGCAGCUCCCACCGCGGCCCCGCCCAGCGCGGCCCCGCCCAUCAAGGGGCGGGGCACAGCAGCUCCGAGUCCCCCUCCACCCGUCCGGAGCCAGCCCCCCGCGCCGACCCGGCGGAGGCCACCGAGCCCAGCCUCGACAGUGAGCUGCCGGACCUUCGGCUGCUCUGGGCUCAGGAGGAUGCUGGAGCCGAGGAACAGAGGCCCACGAGCCAGCAGGAGCCCACGGCCGUGGGCGCUAAUCAGAGCCAGGAAUUAGUAGACGGGGACAGUCAGAGCAAUGAGGAGGAAGAUGAGGACCAGGGUGAUGACUUCCCAGACGAGGGCACGCCCCAGAGCUCCCCCCGAGCCUCAAGUGGAGGCAGACGUCAGCGACUCCACGAACCCGAGUCUCAGUGACCCUCCGUGAGGCCCCAGCUCCCCCGCACCCAGCGCUUGAUUCCCCACUCCUCCUCUUGCUCCAGUGGAGUGCUACCCCCCACCCCCACCCCCAGCCGGCUCCUGCCCCAAGCCUUCUGGGUGGGCUAAAUGUCCACGAGGACCUCUGCUAGCCUGUCGGGGGA